AUGGAGUUCAAAAGAGCCCUAGUACGACGCCUCUUCAACAUUGCCAAAUUCGCAAACCCAGCCCUAACAAAUUGUCGAAUUUCUUCGUCAUCAUCUGCCGUACAAUCCCUAAUCCCUCCUAAUCCGGACAAAAUAGCUCCAGAUCCCGGAGAUGACGGCAUUUUCCGUCGAUUCCUUCACCGCCAGCCGGCUUAUUCCUCAUGGCCUGAGUCCUCCGGCGGCGAUACCGGANUUCACCGCCAGCCGGCUUAUUCCUCGUCCGGUACCUCACCGGAGCUCCGAUCGUUGCCCAUGGGACAGAAACUGUUCGAGAAGUUGCGUGGUAUGGACAUUGCCAGAGGCCGUAUCCGGUUAGAUGGCCUGAGUCCUCCGGCGGCGAUACCGGGUGUGCCGGAAGGAAAUUUUACGGUGAAGGAUGCGAAGAAACUGUUAAAAUUUGCGGAGCUGGAAAAGGUGAAAUCGAAGCUGAGAGAGAUGGAGAAAAGCUACGUUUCGUAUGAUGAAUACGCCCGGAUCUGUGUGGAAGAAUGUUCGAGUACGGAUCAGGGGAUAGAGUUUGCGAAAAUGCUUGAUGAAUCAGGAACCGUCAUCGUUUUGGGAAAUGUAGUGUUCCUCAGGCCUGACCAGGUUGGUUCCAUUUUUCGAACUCACAAUUUACGAUACCUGUAUGUCUGCGCACAUCAGGUGGUGAAAGCCAUCCAAGACCUAAUCCCUGUACACCCGGCCAACCCGAACGAACAGAGGAGGAAGGAGCUCGAAGAAAUGGAGCAGCAGAAAUCCGUCAUUGACAAAGGAGCAGAAUCACUGGUUCGAAGGGAGCUCUGGUGCGGGCUGGGCUACCUUGUGAUUCAGACGGCGGCUUUCGUGAGGCUCACCUUUUGGGAACUUACAUGGGACGUUAUGGAACCCAUUUGCUUCUACGUGACAUCCAUGUACUUCAUGGCUGGCUAUGCCUUUUUCCUCAGAACAUCCAAAGAGCCCUCUUUUGAAGGGUUCUUCCAAAGCCGGUUUAGAGCAAAGCAGAAGCGACUUAUGGAGGCACACAAAUUUGAUAUUGGAAGGUACAAUGAGCUCCGGCAAGCUUGUUAUCCACAUUCAUCGCCUCCGGGGAAUGCCUUGUCGUUUAGGUCAUCUGUUGAUGCUUCUGAGAGGACAGAGUUUGAUGCUCUAAGGGAACAUAAUGUGAUGCGAUAG